AUGUAUUUUGCACGAAAAAAAUUACAACUACUACGACUAUGGCGACAAAAAGAAUGCCGCCUAUUAACAUACCUAGGUGUUGCGGUUUUAAUAUUGGUUGGAGUGUUCUACAUGAAGUCUGAUAAGGAAUUCUCCUCUCUUGAUUUCAACAGUGGAGCUAUGAAGUUUGAUGAAAUCGAUAAUAUGAUGAAUAAAGAACUGCCUGGUGGUCCUGAUCCGAAUACAAUUUUUACCGAAGACGCGUUAGGAAAUUAUGAGCCAAAAACCCCUGAAAUUCCUUCUGAUCAGCCAGGCGAAGGAGGUAUGCCGGUUCGAAUUUCUGAUCAGGAGGGUUUGGCAUCUUCUCGCAACGCAGAAAGAGAAUACGGAUUCAACACAUAUGUUUCCGAUAUGAUUUCCCUGAAUCGCACAAUUCCUGACAUUCGUCCCAAAGAAUGCAAACACUGGAACUAUCCUGAAAAACUUCCCACAGUUAGUGUUGUCAUCGUAUUCCACAACGAAGGAUGGACCCCACUAUUGCGUACAGUGCACUCUGUUCUUCUGCGUUCUCCGCCAGAACUUAUCAAAGAAGUAGUAAUGGUUGAUGAUUAUUCGGACAAAUCUCAUUUGAAAGAAAAACUGGAAAAGUAUGUCGCUCAGUUCAACGGUAAGGUCAUUAUUGUUCGAGCGGAACAGCGUGAAGGCUUGAUUCGGGCUAGAUCUAUUGGUGCGAAACACUCAACGGGUGAUGUCGUGCUCUUCCUCGACGCGCACUGCGAGGUCAACACUAAUUGGCUUCCGCCACUUCUAGCACCAAUCAAAUAUAAUCGAAAAGUGAUGACAGUUCCAGUCAUUGAUGGAAUUGAUUCCAACACAUGGGAAUAUCGCAGUGUAUACGGAAGCCCGAAUGCGCACCAUAGUGGAAUAUUCGAAUGGGGAUUACUCUACAAAGAAACGCAAAUUACCGAGCGCGAGACUGCCAACCGUAAACACAAUAGCCAGCCAUUCAGAUCUCCGACACACGCUGGUGGUCUGUUCGCCAUUGAUCGAUUAUGGUUCAAAGAGCUUGGCUAUUAUGACGAAGGACUGCAAAUUUGGGGAGGAGAGCAAUAUGAGCUUAGUUUUAAGAUCUGGCAAUGCGGUGGUGGAAUUCUGUUUGUUCCGUGCUCGCAUGUCGGUCAUGUAUAUAGAUCUCACAUGCCAUACACAUUCGGAAAACUUUCGGGAAAACCAGUUAUUUCAACGAAUAUGAUGCGCGUUGUGAAAACUUGGAUGGACGAGUAUGCUCAGUACUAUCUAAUUCGCGAACCACAAGCGGCGCACAUCAGCCCUGGCGACAUUAGCCAACAAUUGGCACUUCGAGACAAAUUACAAUGCAAAUCAUUUAAAUGGUACAUGGAGAAUGUGGCCUAUGAUGUUCUUAAGAGCUAUCCACUUUUGCCACCGAACCGUGUUUGGGGAGAAGCAAGAAACCCAACGACAGGGCAAUGCCUUGAUAGAAUGGGUGGCAUUCCAGGGCCGCUGGGCUCAUCAGGCUGUCAUGGAUUCGGAGGAAAUCAACUCCUUCGGAUCAACGUCAACGGGCAAAUGGCGCAGGGUGAGUGGUGUUUGACAGCGAGUGGAAACAAAAUCACAGCGAAUCAUUGCACCAAAGGAACUGUAAACGGAAACUGGAAAUAUGAUGAGGUCACGAAACACAUUGUGCAUUUGAUAAAGAAGCAAUGCAUCACAAUUAACGGAAGUGGACAAGAAGUUUUCUUGUCGCCGUGUAGCGCGGACAACGAGCUUCAGGAAUUCGUUUGGAAGGAGAUUUACCAAUCGGAUUAA